UCUACGUUCUAGAGGAGGACAUGAUGAGGAUUAGACAAACGGAGAAGACGUUACAUAUAUACUUUGAUCAUCUGAAUCAAGCUUUAAACGUGGUACUCUUAAAAAUAGAGAUGACCCACAAGAACGAGAACGUGAUCGACGCACUUUCAAAGGAAGUUCAAUUAAAAGCAGUACGAACGUUCAAAGCAGGAUUGAGAAGUGCGGCAACAAAAAAUGCACUUUACUCGAGAUCUUGCACCAACCUAAUGGAAGCAUAUGGGAUAGCUCGCACAAUGCAGCACGACUCUCACUAUCAUCAGUUGGAAUAUGUUCCAAGAAUGGCAAACAUGCAGUACCCACAAGGCAUGCAGAGGCAGUAUCAACAGCAACGUCUCCUGAAUCAAGAACCGCCACCUGAACCAAUGGAUGUCGACUCAUCUGGCCGUUUCCGUAGACAAACAUUCCAUCAACCACAGAGAAAUCAACAGAUGCAGCAACAACAGCAGCCCCAACCACACAACCCAUUUAGACAAGCAAUACAGAGUUUUGGUCAACAAUUCAAAAGGACAAGAGAUGAAGCAUCAAACGCGUACCAGAGAAAGGCACAACGCAUAAACCAAAUAGGCGACCAAGAAGACAAUGAAUCUAUAACGAAGUAUCCUCUAGCAUAGGAUCAAGUUAGAAAAACCUAUCAAAUUUAAUACUCUUCAUGGGACUUCAACAGUUACACACAAACGAGAGAUUAACCUUGUAGGGUUUGAUUUAGAAUUGUUUGAGACAGAAGAUUUAACCCUUAAAUGCAUAAAGUAGUAAAACUGCAACAUACCAUAAAACGACCAUAAAAUUAUU